ACUGGGGCCUUUCAUGCUCUUCGGCGCUUAGCUGUUCGCCGAGCGCCUAAUAUGGCUUCUACUUCGCUCCUUCUCCUGCUUUUAGUCAGGCCCUGCGAGGAGUAAAUAUGAUCGAGAAAGCUUCCGGAUAAAAAAAAUAAAACCCUGCAAGACUUUAUCUUUUCCACCUACCGUUGGAAGAGAGAGAAAGGAGGGCCCGACUGACGUCUUAGUCUGCUGCCAUCCGAGUAGGACGGUUCAGGUCCCCGCGAAUAGCUGCACGUGGCUUCUUGAUGGCAACAGGAGAAGCGGCUGUAGGAGCAAUAGAGCGGCUAUGAAGAGGCCUAACAUUUUACUCACAGCUAAUUUUGCUUUCAGACUUUCCCACGUUUUGAAUGCAUCGCUCUUUCCUCUCAAGAACAGCAGGUACGCCUGGUGUUGGGAAAACAACCCUAGGCAAAGAGAUAGCUCUGAGAACAGAUUUUACAUACAUUAAUGUGGGGGAUAUGGCUAAAGAAGGGGAACUAUACGAAGGCUUUGAUGAAGAAUAUGAAUGCCCAAUAUUAGAUGAAGACAGAGUUAUUGAUGAAAUGGAAGAUAAGAUGCAGGAUGGAGGUGUCAUAGUUGAUUAUCACAGCUGUGACUUCUUUCCUGAACGCUGGUUUAACAUAGUAUUUGUGCUUCGCACUGAAAAUUCUUUUUUGUAUGACAGAUUAGAAAACAGAGGUUACAAAGGAAAAAAGCUUCAAGACAAUAUUCAGUGUGAAAUCUUUCAGACAAUUUAUGAAGAGGCCAUGUCAUCCUAUAAAGAAGAAAUUGUACAUCAGUUGACUAGUAAUACUCCAGAAGAUAUGGAACGGAAUUUAGAUCAAAUUAUACAGUGGAUUGAACAGUGGAUAAAAGACAACAAUUAAUUUUUUGGAAAAAAUAUUUACAGUGAUAAAUAGAAGUUGUUUUCCUUCAUUGAAGAAACAAUAGUUGCUUCAUUCAGGAUGAAAAUUAACAAGGAGGCCACUGAAUUUUCUAUUUUAUGCUGUGUUCUUUAUUUAGACUAUGAAAGCAGGUAUCAGACAUUAAAGGGUUAAGAAUUUAAAAAUCUGAAAAAUUGGGUAUCCAAUAUCCAAUAAUAAAAAUAUUUGUAAAGAUAAAAAAUAUUUCCCUAGAUAAUAUUGCUGCCAAAAUCUUACUCCUGUACAAAGUUUUAUUAAUGCAGCGGAUCUUCUGAGAUUCAUUUCUAAACAUGGGACCAUGCAAUUUAGUAUAUGAACAUAAUUUUAGUUAUUUAUUAACAUGGUGUAAAUAGCUAAGCAAAUUUGUAUCCGUGUCUAUGUUUUUGUUGAUUUGUUGCUGUUUAGUAAACUACUUUGCUAAGCUUAUUUCUUGUUACGUUUAGAAGACAUCCUCAACCCAGAUUCAUGAACUCAUUUCUGGAUAAAUGCUGAUGGCAUUUUGUAAGAUUUUUGAAACAAAUAGGUUAUAUGUGUCCAUAACUAUAGUGAUCCAAGAAGUGUGCGAUGCCAUUGCUUGUAUCAUGUUUUUCUAUUUUCUGCCCUAGCCUGGGUCAUAAUAAAUAUUACCAGAAUUCAUUAUCCUAUUUUUUUCUAAAUACUGAGUAAUUUAAUAAAAAGUGAACAUAUAGUGAAAAGACAAGAACAUUGGUUGGUGAGAAAGAGCAUUUUGUCAUGUCAAAAAGUGCUAUAUAAGGUAUAUAAAGUGCAUUUUUCGUAGCACUCCCAAAUUUGAUACUAAAUGGAUUUGAUAAAUUAAGAUUUUAGUCCUAACCUUAUAUCGUAUUCCAUCCAGAGAAUGAACAGAAGACUGUAUUUAGAUUCUCUUUUCCCACAACCUUUAAUACCUGCACGAUCCAAAGCAGAGUUUGAUUGUGUAGGAAGAGUGUUGGGGAUAUAGACUUCUGCCUUUUGUACUAUUAAUGAAAUGACUUGAUUAGAAGCACAAUUGCCUUCUGUUUUCUAUUUUGGUUAUAUUCUGAAAAUGGUUACAAAUCCCUCUUAAAUUGAAUCAUGAGAUUUAAAAUAGGGUAAUGCAUAUUUCUUUCUCUAUUUGUAAACUGGGUCAAUGAUACUACUUUACAGUACUAUAGUGGUAGUAAUACAGGUAGUGGUCAUUUAGCUACUGCAGAUUAUGAUGGUGAUGGAAAAGUAACCAUAAGCAGUUCUCAUACUUCACAGGUCUAUAAAGCAAACCAAAGCUGAAGUAAAAUUAUAAGCAUAGUAGUUUCAUUUGACUGCUUCACUUAAUGACUGAGUUGCUGAUCCCAAUUGUGAUCACUAAAUGAGAAUUAUGUGAAAAAGAUACUUUUAAAAAAGUCUCAUAAGCAUAAUUUUUACUCACUCUGCCUAGAGUAUUACUGUACUUCAUUUGUCUGAAACUAAAAGUUCUCAGAAAAAGUUACAUUUUUUAAAACAUUAAAUAUUUUUAGAUUGCAA